AUGGUGAAUGGAGAACCUACAGCUCCUUUCAAUGCAACCAAAGGACUCAGGCAGGGAGAUCCAAUCUCCCCAUUCCUCUUUGCAAUUUCCAUGGAAUACCUCAGCAGGAAUCUCAAUGAUGUGAAAGAAAGCCAAGAAUUCAAGUACCACCCAAAGUGCUCUAAACUAUAUUUGACUCACUUGUCUUUUGCAGAUGAUUUGUUAUUAUUCUCUAGAGGUGAUGUUAAAUCAGUGACUACCCUUCAUAGAUGCUUUCAAGAUUUCUCAGAUGCUUCAGGCCUCCAAGCCAACAAAGAGAAAAGCUCCAUUUAUUUUGGAGGGGUGACUCAAGAGGUGCAGGAACAAAUCCUAAGUUUUCUAGGAUUCCCUAAAGGAGAACUCCCCUUCAGAUAUCUGGGAAUUCCUUUAGCAACAAAAAAGAUCUCCUUAAUCCAGUGGCAACCAUUGAUUACCAGGAUGGUGGCUAAAAUCACCUCUUGGACUGCCAAGAAGCUGUCAUAUGCAGGUAGAGCCCAACUAAUCCAGACUGUCCUCUUUGGUAUUCAAGCUUACUGGGCACAACUGUUUGUUAUACCCUCGAAAGUGAUAAAUACAAUUGAAGCCUACUGUCGAAGCUACUUGUGGUCGGGCACAAAUACAAUCACUAGGAAGGCUUUAAUUGCUUGGGAGAAGGUCUGUACUCCAAAAUCAAUGGGUGGUCUAAGCUUGAUGAACAUGAGAGUAUGGAAUAAAGCUGCAAUAAGUAAAGCUAGUUGGGAUAUAGAACACAAAAGUGAUAGGCUAUGGAUUAGAUGUCUACAUGCAUACUAUAUCAAGAACCAACAAUUUGCUCAAAUGGCUAUCCCUCAACAAGUUGGAUGGAUGGUAAAGAAGUUGUUUGAGGCAAGAAGCUCAUUGCCACUGAUACAAGUCAACAACGCAGGGAGUGUAAUCAAGCAGAUCUAUUAUCAGUUACUGGGAAACAAUGCAAAAAUAUCAUGGAAAACACUGAGGUUUGGCAAUAAUGCUCGACCAAAAGCACAAUUCACAGUAUGGUUGCAAAUGCAGGGCAGGCUUCUAACUGUAGAUAGAAUUGCUUCCUGGGGUGUAAGUGUGGAUCAUGAAUGCAAGCUGUGCAACAACCAAAAUGAAACUAGAGACCAUCUCUUCAUGGAGUGUUCUUAUUCUAUCAAAGUCUGGGAGGGGGUACUAAAAUGGAUGCAGGUCCCAAGCUUCAGAACAACACAAUGGGAACUAAUGGAAAAGUGGAUCAUCCAAAGAAUAAAAGGUAAAUCGCAGCAAGCCCAGAUAUUCAAGAUGGCCUAUACAGAAUGGGUGCAUGCAAUAUGGAUUGAAAGAAAUCAACGGAGAUUCGAAAUGAGAUCAAGAAAGGCAGAACAAUUAGUGAAGGAAAUAGCAUACGUGUGUAAUGUCCGAGCUCCUACUAGAAUUAAAGAAAAGGUUCAACAAUUUUGUAUUUGUCAGCCUAGUAGAAAAUAG